UAAUUUACAGAAAUAGUAUGGAAAAAAAAAAUUAACAAAAAAAAAACGAAAUUAAAAGAAGAAACGAAGGAAAAAAAAGUAUUCAAAGUUGGAAAAACUUAAGCCAAAACGGCAGCCACCGAGAUUUAUGAGCUUUGAAUGCAUAAUUCUCGUAUAGACACAUUCCUGCCACCCCACCUUGUAUUUAUGGCAUCACAAUUAAUGUUUUCUUAUAAUUUUUUCGCAAAUUUAGAUUUCCCAAAUCAUUAAUUAAUGUGAAUUUUCCGACUAAUUCAUUGCAGACAAAACUGUAUUUCAAAAAUAUUACAGCUUUUCACUGUUUGUCCUACACACACACACUUCGCAUCACAUUUGAUUAGAAGAAAAAAAGAAGAAGAGAAAAGUAAACCAGAAGAGAGAGAGAGAGAGAGAGAGAGAGAGAGAGAGAGAGAGCAGUCAGAUUAAUGGAGGUGAUGCUAUGUUGGUUUGUUACGAAGCACAGAUUAUUAGAUAUAAUCUUGGUGAUUAGUUUAUUCUGCUGUGCGAUUUUUAUGUCACCAGCCUAUGCGUAUGAUCCAUUGGAUCCUAAUGGGAACAUCACCAUCAGAUGGGAUGUCUUGCAAGAAAACGACGAUUCUUCAAAAGAUAUACGGAUAUCGAUCGUGAACUACCAGCUAUUCCGGCAGAUGGAGCAGCCGGGGUGGAAGCUAAGCUGGAGAUGGCGAGGCAGCGAGGUGAUAUGGAACAUGUUGGGCGCAGAGGCGACUGAGCAGGGAAACUGCUCCUUAUUCAAAGGCAAAGUUCUGCCGCAUUGCUGCGAAAGGGAGCCCGUCAUAAUCGACCUCCUCCCCGCCGCCCCUUACAACAAGCAGGUCGCCAACUGCUGCCGAGGCGGAAUCCUCACAUCCGUCACUCAAGAUCCCGCCAAACACAUCUCCGCUUUCCAGAUGCACAUCGGGACCGCGGACGCCGACGGCCCCUCGUCCAAGCCCGGGAUGCCGACGGCCUUCUCCCUCGGCGCCCCGGGCUACACGUGCGGCGAGGCCGUCCAAGUACCCCCCACCAAAUUCGCUGAGGAUCAAGGCCGUAGAAGGACGCAGGCAUUUGAGACGUGGAACGUGACGUGCACGUAUUCGCAGUUUCGUGCGUCGCCUGCGCCGAGUUGCUGCGUUUCGUUGUCUGCUUUCUAUAAUCAGACCAUUGUCAAGUGCCCACAGUGUAGCUGUGCUUGCCAGGAACAAGCUGGAACUCAGUGUGUGAAGGUAGGGGAGUGGUCGCCUCCGCAGCUGCAGCUAAGUCAUAACGAGCCAGCAAAGCCGGUGGUGCAGUGCACGAACCACAUGUGCCCGAUAAAGGUCCACUGGCACAUCAAGCUCAGUUACACGCAUUAUUGGAGGGUGAAAGUCACCGUCACCAACCUAAACUACGUCAGGAAUUAUAGCGACUGGAAUUUGGUGGUGUUGCACCCUAAUCUCCGAAGUGUUGAACAAGUCUUCAGCUUCAAUUACAAGCCUCUCAAUGUUUAUGGAAACAUAAAUGAUAGUGGGGUGUUUUAUGGGAUACAAUAUUACAAUGACAUGCUUCUGCAGUCAGGGAAGAAUGGGAAUGUGCAGACAGAGAUACUUCUGCAUAAAGAUGAAGACUUCACAUUUAAGGAAGGGUGGGGAUUUCCGAGGAAGAUUUCUUUUAACGGUCAGGAUUGCGUGAUGCCGUCGCCCGAUGAUUAUCCGAGGCUGCCGAAUGCUGGCCGUUUUCAGACACCUCCACACUAUGUGGUUCUUUUGUUGUUGCUUUUGAUGUUGUCAUUAAUGAUUUGAUUUCAAAGUCUUUUAAUGUUGAUAUAGUUUGAUUCAUGAUUGUCUAGAAUGUGGUUUCAGUGAGGGAAAUAAGGGCUUGUGUUGUAUAUGGAAGGUGGGAAAAUGCUGUUUGAUAAUUUGAACCUGAUAUGAAGGUGGUUAAUUUUCACUAGAAAUCAUUAUUCUUUUGUAAUGUAAUACACAUUUGUAGGUA